GGCCGAAGGGGGGACACGUGGUUCGAAUCCUCUACGUCAAACCCUAUCUCUCUCCCUCUUCGUACCUUCUCCAUCACUUUACCCCCAAUUGUCAAUAUUCCAAUUCCAAACCCUAACCCUAAAACCGAUCCCUCCUCUGAUGAAUUUCACCACGCAAACCUCUCCGAUUUCACAAUCGCUUUCAAUUCCCUGACCCUCGGAAAACCCAUUGCUUCACUCGCAAUUCUUCUUCUUCUUCGAUGGAGGGCUCUGCGGAGGAUCUCGGAGCCCCGGAGUCAUGGGAGGUCGCCGAUUUGGACGAGUCCAUGAACCGCUUGAACCUCUUGCUCAAGGAUUCCAAGCCGCCUCCUCGCGACCACACCGAUGAUUCUCCUCCUCCUUCGUCUAGUGGUGAUAAGGUCUCUGAUGAUGCCAUCAACCAGGUUGAUCAGUUCCUUGGUGAAGCGAUUCAAAACCCUCGCGAACGCCUUUCAAUUUUGCGGAUUGAGCAAGAUGUUGAGAAUUUUAUUCGUGAUCCUAAUCAACAACAGCUUGAGUUUAAGGAGCUUCCAACAUCCUAUUUAAGGUUGGCUGCACACCGAGUGGCUCAGCAUUAUUCGUUGCAGUCAAUGGUUUUACUGGAUAAUAGUUUACCGGAUGGUUCUGGGUCAAUAAUUAUUGUGCGUAAAACCUCUGAAUGUAAGCUUCCUAUUAUUCGCCUUGCCGACAUCCCAGUAAAAGUAGCUUCAGAAAACAAUGCUGUCAUUAAGGUUGCAAUCAAACAGAGGCCGCAGAAGCGGACACAGAUUAUGAGCAAUGCGAAUUCAAGCUCAAGGAAGAAUAGUGACUCUAAUAAAAGUGUGGAGGAGAGGAAAGAGGAAUAUAAUCGGGCUCGUGCUAGGAUCUUCAACUCUAGCAAUAAUGGUGGUGCAGUGAGUGGGAAGCCAGAAUAUGAAUCAAGGCAGCAGGACAACUCAUUGCAUGGUUCCUUGGGGGUUGCUAAGGGGGAAGACAAAUCUGCUUCUGUAUCUGAUGUUAAUUCCAGUAGGGGGCUGGUUGAUUCUUCUAUGAAUACCAGUAGGGGGCUGGCCGAGUCUUCUAUUAGUGCCGGUAGGGGGCUGGUUGAGUCUUCAAUAAAUACCAGUAGGGCUAGAAGUAGGGCAGAGAAGGAUUCAGUUGGUAGAUACAGGCAAAAUAAUAGGGUUGCUAUAUUCCGAGACCGUGAGGUUGAGCGCAAAGAUCCUGAUUAUGACAGGAACUAUGAAAGGUAUAUGCAAAGAUUUGAUCCUGGGUUUGGGUUCAAUGGAGGACCGUACACAAUGCAGCCACUGUAUGCACCGGUAGUGAAUUACAAUACUGAGUUUCCACAGCUUGGAUCCGCUCAUGGACCCCAACUUUCUGCUGAACACCAACCACGACCUUUCCCGCAGCAUAUACCUGGGUCUUGGGCUACACAACCAGCACCUGCUGCAAUUGGAUAUGGACAUCCAGAGUCCAUGAUGCCUCCAUUUAAUCCUAGUCAAGUUGGUGCACACUCCUCAUCAACCAUGUAUUUGCAUUCAUCCCAAUAUCCCUGUCAACACCCUGGGAUGCCUUUUAUCCAUCAUGAACAUAUUCACCAACCCUUUGCACAGUCACAUCAGCAACCACCUGAUGCAAGUUUUGGAUUGGCCCGGCCCCGGUGAGGGGCGUGGGCCAUGCCUGCACUCAAUCAGCUUCAGCCAUGCAAUUAAGAUGAUGGGCUGCUGCCUGCAGCUCCAAAUUUCUUUUAGCUGAUUAGAGUGCAGGCCAUAUAGGCCGAGUUUGGCUGGGAUGGAUUUGUUUCUGAAAAAUCAACUUACCAACAUUGUUCCGUUCCUCCCAUCUCGGUUUUGCGAGGGUGCUUCUUGCAUUUUCCCUCGGUCCAUGAUCGCUCUUGUGCACAUUCAAAUUUUUUAUGAGGAGCUUUUUAGAGCACAUAUGCUGCUGUUCAUGAAGAAGAGUGAAUUGAGCACUUCUUCAGAGCUGAAGAAGCUUGUUCUUGACUUGGAUGAAGCUAUAGCUUCCUGAAGAGCUUAAGGAGUUUCCGAUCUUGCUUCAUUUGCCUUCAGAUUGCAGGAAUUUAGUAUACUGAUGUUACUUGUCGUUGUUGUUCGUUCAAUAUGAUUGUCAUCCUUAAUCUUAUGUAUAAUACAUGACAAACUUCUAUGGACUUGAGAUUGUAUAUUUAACUACAUUCUUACAAUCUUUUUCUGCAUUUACUUAUUAUUGUAUGGGUUAUGUGCUUUCA